AUGGGUAAAUGUGUUGAAAAACAAGAUAAUGGUCGUCAUUUCAAAUGUAAGUUUUGCGAAUGUAUUUUUGCUAGGGGUGCUACAAGGAUUAAAUAUCACUUGGUUGGAGCUAAAGGUCACGAUAUUAAUAUUUGUAAAAAAGUGCCUAAAGAAGUCCAAGAGGAAGCUUCUCUAACAAUUGGUGAACCUAACAAAAAACUUAAGGGUGCAUCAACUUCAAACAAGGAUAAGGAGAGGGAAAUCAGCUCAACUUCAAUAUCAAAGGAUGACAAGUUAAGCAGAGUGUUCGAAAAGAGUAAGGCAGAAUACAUAGCUGAAAUUUUAAUUGGUGUUUUUGUGGAGGGACUUCUAGCCAAGUUGAGAUCAAUUGUUAUAGAGCAACAUACUAGUUUUGAGUUGGGUUUCAAGGAAGGGCUAAUAGACCUUCUUAUCUUGUUAACCCAAAUUCAACUUGUGUUAAAUGAUGUUGAGAAAAGGCAAGCAAGUGAUGAUUUUGUGAGGAGUUGGUUAGCAGAGCUUAGACGUGUUGCUUAUGACAUUGAUGAUUUGCUAGACGAGUUUGGCUAUAACAUUCUUCAGCAAAAGGUGCUAAACUACUCUUCAGCUUCUAAUGACAUUAUCAAUAUGGCAAACAAAAUUAAGACCAUCGACAAAUCAUUAAAUAGACUUAAAAGGUGACAUUGCUAGUUAUGA